CCCCCGGUUGCUAUGGCGACGGCGAGCGUGGCGAGAGAAGCGAGAGCGGCGGCGGCGGCGGCGGCGGCGGCGUUUGGUCCCUCGCAGCCGCCAUCCUUCUUGUGGAGUCGCUUUACUUUAAGGAACAUCCGCAAUGGGUGACAAGAAAGACACUAGGAAAUCUUCAGACAAUGGAGAUCCUACAGAAGGUGGGGGAUAUGAAGAUGAUUUUGAAAAAGACCUUGAGUGGUUAAUUAAUGAAGAAGAAAAAAGAAUUUCUGAUGAUAUACAGAAUCAUGAUGAAAAUGAAGACAGUCUUAAAAGUAGCCUUGGGAAAGACUUAGAAAGCAAAGAAGAUAGAAUAAAUUCUUCACCAGAGUCUUUUGAACCUGAGGAGAUUUUAAAAGUUGAAGGCGGAAAUGCUUCACAAGAACCCCCUGAGUCUGAGGACGUUCUGAAGGAUGAAGGGCCAAGUAAUAAAAUACAUUCUAUAUAUAACCUUGAAAAUAAGCAGUUGGAGGAGGCAUCUGAUAGUGAUAGUGAAAGUUCUUGUGAGGAAUCAAAGGCAGAUCAGGAGGAAUCGGAGGAUGAUGAAGAUAUAAAGCGGUAUAUCUUAGAAAAAAUUGAAGUAGCUAACAAACUUCUUUUGUCUGAAGAACCUCUGGAUGAAACAAAAGAACGGAAACUAAAAUUUAAGGAUGAUCUAGUAGAUCUUGAAGUCCCAUCUCUGAAAGUUGUACAAACUGACAGAGAUGAUCCUCAGAGGGAGAGGAAUAUUUCAGGUAGGCUGUCUCAAUUGCACAUUUCUGAUGAUAUGAGAAAGGAAGAUAUUUCUCUUUCUAUUAAUGGUGGUAUAGAUGAUGAGCACAAGGAUGGCAAGAUCCUAGUAGAAAGAGAUGGGAAGUUUGAACUUCUGAGUAUCCGUGACAUUGAGAGCCAAGGCUUCUUCCCUCCACUAAGUGUUUCUUUCAGUGACAUUGAAACUCAACACAUUUCUCCUAAAACUUCCUAUAGUACUUCUUUUGGCACUGUCUGCCUGACAGAAGAUGAGUCCUUGGUGCAAACACCUGUGACGCCUUCCAGAGAAGGGUUUAUUUAUGUUCCUCAACCACCAUCCAUUCGACCAAGCUCAGCCAUCAACAUUACAAGGAAUGUGGAAAGGAGGAAAAGUCCACGCAGAGUGCAGUCAGCAAAUGUGGGCCUUGGAAUAAGAAGCUCUACAUACUGCUUGUCACCAAGGCAAAAAGAACUUCAAAAACAAAUUGAGCAAAGGAAAGAGAAAUUAAAGAAAGAGGAAGAAUUAAGGAAAAGAGUCCUGGAAGAGCAGAAAAGGAGAGAGAAUGACAUGGUCUUCAAUGCUUGGUUGCAGAAGAAAAAAGGACAAAUGCAAGAACAGAGACGAAUUGAACGUGCAAAAGAGCUUGAAGACUUAAACAGUAGACAGGAAAGUAGAAAUCCAGAAGAAGCCUUUAGAUCAUGGCUUAAGAGAAAACAACAAGAACAGAUGAGAGAAAAACAGAUACAGAACCUGAAACAGCAGGAAGAAUGCAUGUUCUACCUUCCAAGAACAAUGGAAAAUGAGAGAGCUUAUAAGCAAUGGUUAAGGAAGAAGAGGCGGGAGAGACGAGAACAGCAACUAGCUGCAAAAGAGCGAUCAAAGCAGCUUAGGCAAGAAGCAAGAAGAGCAAAACAAAUAGAGAAUAUUCUCUGUUCCAUUUCUGAACCAAAAUCUCUUCGCUUCACAGACCAAUACAGCUGAGGCUUAGAGACACCAGGAGUCCUUCAUGCUACCUUGUAAAGUUUGAGUGGCUGCCUUUGUAAGCAGCUUCUCUUCUGGUAUGUUUCAUAGUCCUUCAAUAAUGGCUUAAUUUUCUCUGUCUUAUUAAUCUUUCUCCUCUUUUAAACUUGGAAUAAUUUGCUAUUUGUGGCAACUGCAGUGUAUAUUGUUUUUAAAAUAAUUUUUAAGAUCAGUUUUCUCUUGAGUCAGCAUUAUGUGUGAAGACUACUCUUAAACCAAGACACAGCUGGGGCCAUGAUGCUAGUAUGUGGCACUAAUAACUUGCCUUACCAGCACCUCCAAGACACUUCAUGUGCUGCUUCAGUGUUCUGUCCCAAUGUGUAUUUGCUUCAUCCUUUUUCCACAAUAAAGCAAGGGACUGAAGACUGCAAGAACUAUCCAUGGAAUUCUGAGUAUUUAUACCAUUUAGCAAGACGUAUUUUCUUCUCAUUUUGAAGUAGUUACUGUGUAUAAUUUGAUUUUUUUCACCUGACUUCAGAACCAAUGGAGGCACAGACUGUAAAAUUGAAAUUAAAGAGCUAAAGUAACACAGUGGUGAAAGUAGUCUUAACAACAAAAAAAGAGAGAGCGAGAAAGAGAGAGAGAGAUGGUGAACUAUAGUAGAGGCUGCUGCUUUUAACAUAUCCUUGUAUUUUGUGUAUAUAUGUAUCACUUAAGGAACAGAUGGUAUCUGCCUUCAAACUAUUUUUUUUUCCUUCAGGAAAGGCACUUACUUGGUUGGUUAAGUUUAAUGAAAGCCCAAACAGUAAAUUGUAAGGGGUGGAGACUGAUAUAAUUUGACAGUAAUUCCUUAUGUCUGUUAGGUUCAGAGCCAUGUACACAAGGAGCACUUUUAAGAUGCACAUGGACACUUUGUUAUUACAGUAUAAUUCUUCAAGAAUAGACUACUUAGCACACAUUUGUUUCUAACCCAAAUUAUUUAGUAAAGGCUUUUCAAGCAUAUCAGCUCUGGAAUAGUCACAGAAUACAUGUACUGAAAGUAUGCAGCCAACAUUUAUUGUAAAGUGACUUUUGGGGGGGGGAGGGGGAGGGAACAGGCAUAUGUCUAUCCAUACAUAACAUUAAACAUUAAUUUGGGUUCUCAAACCCCACCCCAUCUUCUGAUACUUGAUGUAUUUCAGUGUGAUAAUAAAAAGAUUAGAAAUAUGUUUAUCCCCGAAACAGACAUAGAUAGGAAGCAUUUCCUUUGAACUAACAGCAGGCUACCCAUUUCUGAAGAUAAGUGAGCAGAGGAAUUCUGUAAGGUCCAUACUUUAGAGGUAUUGGGGAACAGCAGUCCAGGAAGAUUAAGUAGCACCAGUGGAAAAUAUCCAUAUUAAAGGUCCCCAGGACACAUAUGCAAGAGCUGUUAAAGUCUGUUCUGUAGAUGUUAAUAACCUGUUGAGAAUCAACUUUGCAAUAGUCAGUGACAGAUAAUUUGUUGCUAUUCUUUGGCUUUAAUUUUAUAUGAACAUUGAAUGAAUGCUAAAACUGCUUUCACAAUCAUUCAAGAUUGUUAAGAAAACUUUAUCAAAAUAAGCACUCUGAGCUCUUUUCAGAGUAAAUAUUUGCACCUGCCCAUGUAACAGCACUGGAAAUAUACUGAAAACAAAACAAACAAAACCCUUAAGCACUGAACCUACCAUUAUUUCUUAAUUAAAAUAAAUACUUCAGGUGAUAGAACUAAGUAUCUGAACUUCUUAAAGAAAAUAAAAUCCACACAAGUUUCCCAUAAUACUCUUUUCCUUAAAGGGAAAAAAAUUACAUUUUCUAUAUGAGCUCCAUUUAAGGGCUUAAAGUAUUUUUAUUUUGAUAGUAGAACUCUUAAAGGUUCAAAAGCUGCCAAGAGAGGGAAAUGUGUGACUUUCCAGAUGUUGAACUACAAUUCUCAUCAUGCCUCAUCAGUGGCUGUGUUGGUUAGGGCUGAUAAGAACUGCAGUCCUAUAGUAUCUGGAGAGCCACACAUUUCCCUGCUGUAUGACAAAUAUUUCUAAUACAGUAAGCUCAGCCCAAAACCUUAGAAGAACUAAUAUAGACCACCCAAAAAGCAAACCCCUUUAGAAAGAACAUCUCUAUUAGGCAGAGAAUAAAUUUUAAAGAGCUAGCAGUUCUCCCUGACAGUGAUUACAGCAGUUGAAAGUUAUAUUCUCGUAUCUCGUGUAUGGAUGAAAUCGUCCAAUAUUUUUCUUUGGGGAAAGGAAAGAGGAAGCUGAAGGCUCAGCAAAAGGAAGUUCAGAUGAAGCUUCUGUGCAGCUGCCAGGAUCCAGCAUUCUUAAUACCUGGAAGAAAAUGAUCAUAAAAAUGAAAGGCUUGGAACAGUACAUUUUAUAUAACAAUGAGAGUUGCCUCAAUUCUUGUCAUUAAAAUUACCUUACUUGUAAACGCAGUAGAGGAGGGAUGAUACAGGAACAGUGAUUGUAUCUUUGAUACUCCACUGAGCUGGGGGAGAGGUGCUGAAGUGGCAAUGUUAGGUGGGACAAUUUUAGUAAUUAAGAGUUCACUGUCAGUACAACUGUAUCACAUAGACCUACUUUCCCAACAGGUGCAGCAAACGUUUGUAUCUUGCUAUGCUGCCUUAACAGACUAUGGAAUAAAUAUUUCAAAAGUCAUGAAAUGUAACAGAUAAUAUUGAGAAAAAGAAAAUUCUCAAUCUGAAAAAGUUAGUUGAAAGUUGAACAUGGCCACUAUCUAAAAGAAAAUUAGUUUGGAGUAACAGGGAAGAGGAAGCUGUAUUUUGAGUGAUUAAAAGCCUCUUAAAAGAAUGGAGGAUGUGGAUAAGGGGGGAAAUGCACCUCUUUAGAAAUUGCAGCCACACAGUUGUUACAAGAUUGCAUCUCCCAUCAUCCCUGACCAUUUGCUUUGUUGGCUUUGCUCAUGGGAACUAGAAUGCAACAUCUGAAAAGAUUGCUUUUUUAGGUUAUUAUACUACAUCCCCUUUUCCAUGGCCAGACCAAUCAUCCCAUCUUUCGGUAAACAGAUAUUCCUUGUCAACUUGGAUUUCAUAAGUUUAUGAAUAUUCAUUUUUAUUUUAGAGGUCAAUGUGCUCAUUAACUUGGAAUUACUUAUAGUCCAAUAACAAGGAACUAGUUUAUAUUUCCAGAAGGUAAACUUGAAACAAAAGAAUGGUAAAACGUACUGCUACAACUAAGCAUAUUUACCAUUUCAGCCAUUUUCUCAGCAGGGGUGUUGCAGAAUUCUGUUGGAGAAGAGCUCUUUUUUGGACUGUUAGUGUUAUCACUGUUUCCAAGAAGGUGUGAAGUCACAGCUUUAGCAAGUUUAUGAUUUACAGCUGCUAGCUCUGCUGUACUAUGAGGCUGUGCACUAGGAUAGUAAGUUUGUUGUCUUCCCCACUGGAGAGAAACCAGCAGCUCUUCCAGCAACCUGUACAGGAAAAGAAGAAUUGAUCUAGACCACAUUGAGAAGACUUAGGGGCUGAACACACUGGCCAAAAGGUUUGUGUUUCCCCCAAAUUGACAUCCUGGCUGAUCUGGUAGUUCUGGCCUGACCCUGGCCCAAAAGGCCUUUAGCAUGGUCUAAAAAGAUGGGCUAUUAAUGGCAGAGUUCUAUGAAACUCCACUGUGACAGCUGGCAGACCACACAACUGCAUGCUCCCUUUCUUGCUGUUGUGGUGUUCCCUCCAAAGGUUCCACUCAUGGCUUAUGACAUUGGAAGGAAGCACCUGGCCAUGUGGGUGAAGUUAGGUACCUUGUUUCUGCUCUUUAUAACCUGUGGCAGGAGUCUUCAAAGGGAAUGAGACAGAGGGAGCAGGUAUGGGACAUGUGCCAGACGCUGGCCUAGGGGUGAAAACAGGGCAGAAGAGUGGGUGGGAUACCUUGGGGUUGGCCCGUGGUAUCUUGCCCAUGGGUAUAGGCUCUUAGUCACAGAGAUGGCAAGGUGACAGUGCUAUAGAGGAUGUAGGGAGAUGGAACAUGGUGACCAGCAGCCAGGUGUAGUAAUUACAGAUUACAGUGUGCCUACUGAUGAAAGAGAGCAUUGUGUUCUCUGACCAAAAUAUGGGAUAAGGAAUAUGUCAUGAAAGUCUGUGGCUUAUGGAGCACUUGAUUAAAAGGGAAGUGAUAGCAAGAUGACCAGUUAGGUUAGAAGAAUCUCAAACCAACCAUGGAUAUUUCCAAGUAGACCCAUGUACUUGGGGAAUGGAAGUGGUGACAAAAUUAUCCCUUUAUAUAUCUAGUCUCAAUCUAGAUAAAGUAACUAGGAUCAAAAUCCCAAUCAAUUAAGCCUCUUACUAAAUUUUAAAGGCCCAUCAAUCCACAUGGAAUAAGGUUUUCAUUAUUCAGACAACUGAUAAUUAAACACCAAAUACAAAGACAUGAAAUGUUCACCAGGUAGAUAGGUAACAAUCAAAUAAUAUGGCAGAAUAAAUCAUUCCACAAAAACUUACCAUUGCACAAUAAUUUAAAAACUAACAGCAAUAUUGUAGCCAACACAUCUUGUGGUACCAUAGAAAUUGAAAGUUUUAUUGUGGUAAAAGCUUUCCUUGAUGAUCACUUCAGAUGCAUUAAGUGCUGUCUUCACUUAGUAAACAUUUACACUCUUUCCAUCCCACAUACCUACACACAAAAAAUGUUCUCUAGCUCUCAGACUAAAUGCCAUUGAAUUAGUAUAAUGUGAUGAUUCAGCACAGGAAUCAAAUAUAUACAGGCAUAAUGAUAAUACAGAACAUCAGUGACAGGUAAUAGUAACUGUAGAGGGAGAGAAAAGGAUUAUGUUGGAUCCAGAUUAAGGCUACAGUCCUAAAGAGGUGCUUUUCUUAUGACAGAGCUUCAGACAUUUCCAGAGUAUGGCUGAGCUAUGUGGCUAGAACAAAACCAAUAACGGAACCAAUGGUCCCUAGGAUGAUACGAACACUCUUAAAUUUGCUAUGGAUCAUUCCCAUUGAAUCAAUGGGAUUUUAGUCAGGACUAAUUUUUCACAUUGAUUUUAGUGCAGUAUUGUCAUCUGUGAUUAACUUGAUCUGUAUUAAAUCCAGUAUAUUGUUUUAAGGCCCCAGUGAAUAAAAUAAAGCUUCCUGAUACAGUCCAAUUUUAUGCCAAAAUCAUCCCACUGACUUUCCUUUAUUGAAAAAUUACAAAUUUCAGGUAAGCAACAGAAUGGCCUAGGAGACUGAAGUGCUGUACCUGUUUUAUAGUGUUACUGUUGUUGUUUUUUAUGUCAGACAUGCAUUCAUUUACUGUGUUUCAUAGAGAUAGACUAGGAUGAAAAUGAUCUGUUACUAUUGUGUUAAAUCUCCACUGUAUUUGUCUUGUAUUUACUUAUGUAACCUUGUGCAUUUCAGUCAUUCAGUUCCACUAUUUCAAGUGCUUUUAAAAUAUCCACUUAUGUGUGUUUGCUGAACACUGAAUGACUCUAAUUCAUGAAAGCUUAUGCAACACUAAACCUCAGAGGGAAUACAAAAAUCUAUGGUAUUUUUUCCUCCAAAGAUUUAACAAUUCGUGGAUGAUAAAGGAGAUUGACAAUGUAGAUCUUUCCUCCACAACUGUCAUUAUUUGAAAAUAAAACACAUGUUCAUAC